AUGUCUUUGGAUUUUAAUGAAAUGGUGUUCAGAACAGUGUUCGCCAUCGGCAUCGGUGGAAGUAAUCAUGAACUGAACAAAACCGAGCUUGAGGUUAUUGCCUCCGACAAGCGGAACGUGCACAUCGUUCAAGAUUUCGACGCCCUCAAUUCCAUAUAUGACAAACUGAAGAAUAAUGUCUGCACAGGUUGCAACGGUACCGAAAUCGCCGAUAUCGUGUUCAUUCUUGACGCCUCGGAGAGUGUCAAACCGGACAACUUCAACAAGACGCUCCAGUUCGUUAACGAGAUGAUUGAUGCCUUUUUCAUAGGCCCCACCAAUAUGCAAAUAGCCGUGUUGACGUUCUCCACAAAUGUCAACAACAUUUUUCAUCUGAAUAAUAACACAAACAAGAUCGCGAUGAAGGAUGCGGUCAACAAUUCCACUUACACAAAUGGUUAUACAUACACAAACGAGGCUAUCAAGUUCGCGAGAGAGUUCUCGUUUAAGCCAGCCAAUGGGAGUCGACCUAACGCAGCUAAGAUCGCCAUCAUCGUCACAGAUGAGAAAUUUUAUGUUCUGUCAACAGGUAACUCAACCAACCAGGCCGACACUAUUUCCGAGGCCGAAAAGCUACAAAACACAAAUGUUAUUGUGUUUGCCAUCGGUGUUGGGAAUAAGAUACAUCAGACGGAGCUGGAAGCGAUUGCAAGCAAGCCUUACAAUACAUUCAUGUUCAGAGUAGACGACUACAGCAAUCUGACCACGAUAAUAAGAACGCUAGCCACGAAGAUAUGUAAAGAAACAGAAAAGACCAACAACGGUACGGUUGCACCUACAGCGGUGAAGUCUUCCUUAUCCUCGAACUGUGCAUUUGAAGAAGAAGAACGCUUUUGUGAUUGGUCACGAAGAGAAACGGAUUUGAUCAACUGGGUCCGACAUCAAGGACCAACCGACAUUGCAGGAAAAACUGGGCCUGGCACCGACGUAAGAAGAAGCAGUAGUGGAAAUUUCAUCUUUGUGGACGCCUCUAACAACACUGGGAGAACGGCUAAAUUGCGGUCAGCAAAUUUCCCUCUCGACAACUACUGCGUAUCUUUCAACUACCAUAUGUAUGGCAAAGCUGACAGUGGAGGUGAUGGACCUGGCGAUCACACUGGCACACUACGCCUGAAACUCAGCGUUGAAGGAACCAGACAAGAAAUCUGGACGAGAACUGGCAACCAAGGCAACAAAUGGCAAUACAUGGCAUGUAGCAUACGAACGACGAAGGGUAUUAACGGAACGCUGUUUUUUGAAUUAGAUGCAGCUGUUGGAAAAAGUUACCUUAGCGACAUGGCCGUUGAUAACGUCAGUAUACAGCCGGGCGCAUGCGCAGAGGAGAACUGCUACAGACAGGGGAAGAAAACAUUGUAUAAAAGGUUUGUUGACUAUAUUGGUUGUUUUUUGUUUAAUAGUGUUUUGUGUUAAUUUUAGAAAAUAUAAAGGAAAUUCAAAUUAUAUCUUUGAUUUUGUUGAACAUUGUUUUGUUUCAGUUAUUUCGUUUCUUAUUUAAAUGAAAUGUUUCAGACAUGCAGCAUUUAAUAAAAUACAAUUAUUUGUCUGAUUUUGAAUUAACACUUCUUUAUUUUUAAGGUAUUUAUAUUGUUUCAUGUUUUAAAAUAGCAGUAGUAAAAGUUAUAAUAUUAAGUUAUAAUAUAGUUAUAGUAAUAUUAAGAGUUCUAACACAAACAUGUUUUGUUUUCCUUUCUUUGCAAGAUGUUGGACAUGUGUCACUUCAUUUAUCGGUAAAUGUAUUGUUUAUUAGUUAAGUUCUUCCAUCCUUACAUGUAAUGUGCUGUUGUUUAUUUGUUUGUGUCUUUGUUGUUUCUAAUUCGCUGUUUGCUGUGUUAUCAAAUGUAUUUUAUUGUGAAGUAUUACUGUUACCUUUUAUACUUUAUUACAUAACAGCAUUGCUUCGUUGUACAAGUUGUUCAUGUUAUUUCCAUUUGGCUUGGUUCGAUACUUCAUUAUUUCUUUAUUUUCAAGUUUUAUUGUUGCGUUUUCGCUGACCUAUAUAUACA